AUGCGCGGGUUGCUGCCACCAGCAAAAGCGACACUAGAAGAGGAAGGGGAAAAGUAUAACAGUGCAGAGGAGGCAUUACUGCUUCGCUCAAUGCAGCUGAAAGAUCCCCUUGUGGAUGAGGUGCCCGUGAGGCGGUGGCGGACACAAUGGUUCCCUUCCUUCGCCAGGCGGUCGCUGGUCCCCCUGAUGCAAGCAGCCUCAAGAUGCGAUGCCAUUGUUGAGGUCAGAGAUGCUCGAUUGCCGCUGCUAUCAAGAUGCAACUUGCGCGUCCUGCAACAUCCAAAGCCGAGGGUUGUUAUCCUAACACAUGCGGACCAAGCUAGCCCACUGGCGACUCGUUAUUGGCAGAGGUACUUCCGUCGUGAGAGUCGAGAGGCGGCCGCAUUGGUGCUUCACGCAGAACUUACAAAAGUUCGUAAACAAGUACACACUCCAGGACUGCUGCGUGCGUUAUCGGACGCUUGUCCACUGCCUCCUCGGCUGCAGUAUCUCUUUAUUGAUGCAAGGGAACCCGCAGCAGUUGUACGCGUGCAGCGUCUUCUGCGGAGUUUGGUGAAGAAGCACCGCCGUUACCGGAAAGAGCUGGAUGCAUUUCGUUCCCUUUGUAAACAAACAGCAGCCGCAGCUGCAGCAGAAGGAAUGGAUUCGUCCUCUCUAUCUGCCCAAGUUGCGCAGCUCGUUGCCUCCGUCAAGGGUGCAACUGACGAAGCAGAACCUACUGGGGAGACUGGGGGAGUAAGCAUGCACGAACUGACUGGGAGCGUGCGAGUCCCAUUUGCUUUGCAGCUGCACAGACAGCCAGUUACCUUGGCUCGACUCGUGGACCGGUCGCGGCUUUUUGAUGUGAUAGACACUCCUGGGUUUAUUCCCGUGCAUCCUGGAAAAGGUAAGCGUAGAAAGCUGAAUUCUGCACAACAGCAGCGACUGCAACAGCGCCUUGGCACAGGAGCGCGGCAGGGACAGCUGGAUUUGGGUUUAUUCUUCGAUUUCACUACUCCGCGCCCAUCUCCUGAUGAGCUGGCUCUACUCGGUGCAUUUCACAUGCUGCCUCAUAGUUGCCUCUUCACGAUAGAAGAAGCAGCAGUGGCUUUGGGGGACGCCUUUUUCCGCAUUAGGAAGUUAUUGCCAGCAGCGAGUGAUUUGGACAAAGUGCUGGGUCGCUACAAAAUGGACACGGAGGCCUUCAGAGAGGACAUGAAUAUGGGUGUGCAACUGCUGUUGACGCUGGCACAAAGGAGGCAUCAUUCCAACGAGGGAGCAGCUGCGCAGCGUCUUCUCAGCGACUUUACCCAGGGUUAUUUGGGAAGGCACACAUUCGAGCUCCCCCCAACGCGGUAUCCCCUAACGGGGAAGACGCCAACGACGAGACGGAUCGUUCGGGACGGCGAUGCAGGGGGACGUAGUAGUGUCUCCCAAACUGACCGACCUGCAUGCCAAAAUGAACACUUGCUAGAGGCGACAUCCGACGGAAUUCUUCAAGGUUCAGCGAACGAUGGCGAAACUAACAAGCAAGUUCGAGCCCGCUUCCACAGAAUUGGCAGGGAAACAGCAGUAGGGCGGUGCUGGACAAUGCGGCGCCACGGAGACAGGUUGUCGUUUGUGUUGGAUACCCAAAUUCGUCCAGAGAUAUCGCGCGCGAACGAAGAACGUGGACGUGGAUAUGCUUUUCAACCAGAGCACGGCCACCCCACCUCAUCUCUAAGCAGCACUUGCAAUCUUUGGAACCAGGCAGACGACCAACGAAACAAGGUUUCCGUGGGCACCUCGGAUGAUACAGGAGCAGAACAACAGCAACAGCAACUACUUGCUCCAGGAUGGCUGGAAGGAUGGUAG